UGCGUUGCAGAGCUGAAGAAAGCCAGCAAGCGGCUGAGCUGCCACAAGCGCUACAAGAUCCAGAAGAAGAUUAGAGAACACCACCGAAAACUCAGAAAAGAGGCCAAGAAACGCGGACACAAAAAGCCCAAGAAAGAUCCAGGGAUUCCCAGUGCUGCACCGUUUAAGGAAGAGCUUCUACGUGAAGCGGAGCAAAGAAAGCAGAGGCUUGAAGAACUAAAACAGAAGCAGAAGCUGGACAGACAGAAGGAACUUGAAAAGAAGAGAAAGCUUGAUGCUAAAAAGAAUGCAGCCAAAAUCAAGGAAAAAACAGAGGGAAAGGAAUCCUCUGGAAAAUCUGAAGCAAAGACUAACAAGCAACUGGAUAAAAAUUCAAAGAAAUCAUUUUGCAGGGAGCUGAAGAAGGUGAUUGAGGCCUCAGAUGUGGUUCUGGAGGUUUUGGAUGCAAGAGAUCCAUUGGGCUGUCGGUGUCCUCAACUGGAGCAAGCUGUUUGCUCUGGAGAAGACAAAAAGCUACUGUUGGUUCUAAACAAAAUCGAUUUGGUACCAAAGGAGAACUUAGAGAAAUGGCUGAAUUAUUUGAAGAAUGAAUUUCCGACAGUUGCUUUUAAAUCGGCAACGCUGCUUAAGGACAGGACUAUGCAGGAGAAGGUCACAAAAAGAAGCGCACGUAUUGAUUUAUCCAGAAACACUGAAUGUUUUGGAAGUGAAUGCCUUUUGAAACUUCUUCAAGAGCACUGCAAGACUCAAAACAAAGCCAUUCAGGUGGGAGUAGUAGGUUUCCCUAAUGUGGGGAAGAGCAGCAUAAUCAAUGGUCUUAAAGGAGCUCGUGCUUGCAACGUUGGCCCAGCAAGAGGUGUUACCAAGUCCAUGCAAAUUGUGCAUAUUGAUAAACAGAUGAAGAUGUUAGACAGUCCAAGUAUUGUUGCAGAUCCUUCCAACAGUGCCCUGGCUCUGGCCAUGAGGAGCAUCAUAGACACUGGAGAAUCAGGCUUGACAGAUGUACUCCAAGGAAUAGAUGCCAUCCUAAAUCACUGCAACAAACAGCAGGUAAUGAUGUUCUACAGUGUCCCAGAUUUCAGGAAUACCGAGGAGUUUUUAACAUUACUUGCUCAGAAAAGGGGUAUGCUGAAAAAGGGAGGCGUUCCUGACACAGAGAACGUAGCUAAAUUACUGCUUUGUGACUGGACAGGAGCUAAAAUAAGCUACCACUCACAACCUCCGGCAUAUCAGAGGCUGCCACCGUAUCUUACGGAAGACAAAAUAGCAGAAAUGCAGAAAGGUUUUAAUUUAAAGAAGCUAGAAGAAGAAAACAGCACCACUGUUGCAGCUCUAAAGUACCCCAGUCUGGCAAGCAGCAUCGCUUUCCAGUCAGCAGGCAUGACAAAUGGGACAGUAGAGGAGACUAAAGUGCUAGAGGAAGCAUCAGAGCAGGAGAACUUGGCAACAAGUGAGGAGGAAGAGGAAGCGAAUUUUGCUGAAAGUGAUGAUGAGCAAGACAACGUGGAAGAAGAAGAAGAAAAAAAGAACAUCAAAGAGGAGAGCCACAUUCAGGUGAUCAGGAAAGCAAACCUUGGAAAACGACAGCCAAGAUGUACUAAUGCAGAAAAGGAGAGAGCAGCAGAAAGCAGACAUUCUGAUCUACUACCAUUGAGCUUGGAUAAGGUGGCAGAUGAAGAUGAUGCCUAUGAUUUUAAUACCGACUAUGUGUAAUGAGGAAUGCGCAAAGACAUGGCUUGGGGACUGUUGCUGGCUUUUGAACCAAUCAUACAUGUCUGGUAUAGCAGAAGUUGGAUGAAUGCAGGAUACCAGAAUUGCUACCGUGUGAAAUAGUGUAUAUAAUACUGUACUUCCUGUGAUAGGUUCAGAUUUUAUACAACUGAGCCCUUAUUCAGCUUUAUGUCCUAUACCUUAAUUCCUGUAAAAAAGCCUAUUUAAAAAAAUCCUAACAUUAAACUGAAUUAGCCAGUUUUCUGUGCCUUAUAAAAAGAUGUUUCUGAAGG